AUGGGUUUUCUGCGAAAGUCUCAUCGCCGCCAACGCCACCGCUGCCCACUCCGUGUCUCAAGGGCUACGGUUGCCUAUCCGUUGGUGUUUAUGACACCACCCAUCAUCUCGCCACCAUCUCAAGUGCGUCAGAACUACCACUUCGACUGCAAGACCGCUGUUAACAACCACGUCCAGCUACAACUGCAUAACUCCUCUGUCUACCUGGCCAUGGCCUUCUACUUUGAUAGUGAAGACGUGGCUCAGAAGAACUUGGCAAGCUUCUUCCUGAACAAGUCGCACGAAUGUACCGCGCAAGCUGAGAUGUUCCUGGAGCUGCAAAACCAGCGUGGUGGCCGCAUCUCUCUGGGCAGUAUCAGGGAGGCAGACCGUAAUAAUUGGCUCGGCGGCCUUCAAGCCAUGGAGUGUGCCCUUCAACUGGAGCUGAGCACCAACCAAAGCCUUGUGGCCCUGCACCAGCUAGCCUCUAGCAAGAGCGAUGCCCAUCUAUGCAGCUUCCUGAAGAACCAUUUUCUGACCAAGCAAGUUGAGGUCCUCAAGGAGAUAAGCGGCUACGUGACCAAAUUACGCCAAAUGGGGUCUCCAGAUGACGGCAUAGCUGAAUAUCUAUUUGGGAAACUUACCCUGGAUGACAACAAAGGGAAAUGA